AUGGCGUACUACCAAGACUACCAGACGACAUACGAUUAUGCUGCCUUUAGCACCCCGUUCCCCACAACCUUGUACCAGAAUGAGUACAGCCUGGACUUUUACCGGCAGCAAGCCGCUAUGAUGAACCGAGGCAUGUUCCCAGGUGUUGGCGGAAAGGCUACCGAAUCAAAGCCGAGGCUCGCCAAGGACGAAGUCGACAAGCUCGAGAGGGAAUUCCAGAGGAACAACAAGCCCAACAGCAGCCUGAAGAAGCAGCUUGCCGAGGAAAUGCGAGUCGACAUUGCAAGAAUCAACAACUGGUUCCAAAACCGGCGAGCAAAGGCGAAGCAGGAGAAGAGGGCACAGGAGAAUGAGGCUCGCCGCAAGUCGGAGCAGGCUGCCGAUGAACCUAGCAACGCCGAGAUCAUCAAGGAGUCUUUCCAAGACCACGACGACGACCUUCGCCCAUCCACGGCCCCCUUCCCGCCCGUCAAGACACAGCCUGAUGCGGCUUCUACCCGCGAAAGCUCGCCGUCAGAAGUGACCGAAACCCUGGAGUCAUCGGUAGAGCCACCACACCGGGCCGUUGCGGACGAGACGGAGUCGGAAUACGCCUCGCCCGAAUCAUCCAACUCCUUCCCGCACCAAGAACUCAACAUCAGCUACACCUUGGCCUCCGAUCCAUUCUUCUCGGACCAGUCGUCGUGCGACUUCACCUCUUCGAUGCCUUUGGAGGCUACCAACCAGGCCCCUGGCCACCUGACUCUUUCGAUUCCCAGUCAGUAUAUGGCGCACCUUCCCGAGUCAGCGAGCGCUUCGUCCUUCUCUCCAUACCAUCACCUGUCCAGCGCAAGUGAUUUCGGAGAUUCACUCGCCCCUAUGCCGCAUGGUCUUUCUAGCAACUUGACUGAACCGAUCCCCAUCAACGUCAAGCAGGAGCAAAUGCAUGGCGAAGCCCUCGACAAGUUUGAUCAAUUCUCCCCUGCGUCUAUGUCUCAUUCGCCACCAGAAAUCUCCACUCCAGACUUUCGUUUCAAGUCACCAUCGACUAUCGACAUCGCUAGCAGGAGAAACUCUAAACGACCCGCACAGCUUGUCAGCUGCAUGAGAAGCCAGUCAUACAACUACUCCGGCCCAAAGACCGGGGUUGAGCUGCCUAGGAGGAUGGAGGCACCGAGCCCGAUGCGCCGCGUUGCAUCGGCGACGGGCAACUUUCCCAGAGGAAUUCAAAAGAUGGCCAGCUCGGGCCCAAGAUCGCCGCUGUACUUUGACCGCAACCAGGAGAACCUUCUUCUCCAGAUGGCUUCAAGGUCCCCGGCAUCACGAAGCCCGGCAGCGCCACCCACCCCCAGCACGCCGAUUGUCCCCAGCCAACAGACUCUGCGUGAGACGACAGUCUCGUCCAUGUCCUCUGCCGAGGACGAAAAGAGCUACGGGCUCCAGAACAGUCUGACUGUACCCCAGUAUAGCAUGGACCCGACUAUGAGGACGCCGCCGGAUACCCCUGGCAUGCUGACGAUCAUGCCGAACUCCAUGUUCCCUACUUUUGACUUCAAUGUGCCCGAUGACCCUCUCCCUACGCCCAGCUUCGGCGGCUUUGAGCAGGAUUUCCCUACCAUGUCAACCAACAUCCCGAGCUAUGUCGCACACGGUUGCGCAAGCCAGCCGGUGACACCCUCGUACCCUCCUGGUAAUAUGGGCCCGGCGUUCUACUCAUCCUACAGCGGUGGUAACCCCGAGUACAACUGGUCGGAUUCUUCUGCCGUCUCAGCCAAGGCCUCGCCCGAUCAGUCACGUUCAAGACAGUUUCAGUUCACCAACAUGACUGCGCAAGACUUCCACGGGGAAUGA